GCGCCUAUCUCAGCUACAAUCGGGCGGAAGGCGGGGUACACCCUGGACAAGUCGCCACCUCAUCGCAGGGCCAACACAGAUAGACAGACAACAUUCACACACUAGGGCCAAUUUAGUGUUGCCAAUCAACCUAUCCCCAGGUGCUUGUUUUUGGAAGUGGGAGGAAGCCGGAGUACCCGAAGGGAACCCACGCAUUCACGGGGAGAACAUGCAAACUCCACACAGAAAGAUCCCGAGCCUGGAUUUGAACCCAGGACUGCAGGACCUUCGUAUUGUGAGGCAGACGCACUAACCCCUCUUCCACCGUGAAGCCCAUAAAAGACGUAUUAUACUAUAAAAAUGUUGGUCUUAAAAAUGCACGCAUUUAGUUGUAUUCAGUGUGAAAAAAUAUUAAAUGGCUCUCACGGAAAUACGUUUUGAAAUAUGAGGCUUUCAUGGCUUUCUUGGGCAAAAAGGUUCCCGACCCCUGAUCUACAGUCUGUAAUAUCAUCAAAAGGUUCAGAGAAUCUGGAGAAAUCCCUGCACGUAAGCGAUGAUAUUACGGUUCUUCAAUCCCUCAAGCUGUACGCCAUUAAUAAGUGACAUCAGCAUGUAAAGGAUAUCACCACAUGGGCUCAGGAACACUUCAGAAAACCACUGCCAGUAACUACAGUUGGUCGCUACAUCUGUAAGUGCAAGUUAAAACUAUACCAUGCAAAGUCAAAGCCAUUUAUGAACAAUACUCAGAAACUCCACCAGAAAUUCCACCCGAAAAGCUUCAAAAAUGUGUCUCCUCAAUACCCAAAUGUUUUUUUGAGUGUUGUUAAAAGGGAAGGCCAUUUAACACAGAGGUAAAAAUGCCCCUGUGCCAACUUUUUUGCAAUGUGUUGCUUCCAUUAGAUUCUAAGUUAAUGAUUAUUUGCAAAAAAAAAAAAAAAAAAUUCUUGUCUUUGCAGUCUAUUCAAUUGAAUAUAAGUUGAAAAGGAUUUGCAAAUCAUUGUAUUCUCUUUUUAUUUAUUACCAUUUACACAACGAACCCACUUCACUGGUUUUGGGUUUUUGAAUUUACGUACUUUGAUCGAUGAAGCAUACACGGCGCAUUCAUUUCAGAGACGCAUCACAACACAAAUUUUUUUUUAACAACUUCAAUAAGCGGUAGAAAAUUGAUGGAUGGAUUAAUUACUGGUUACUGCAGACUUCAUGAGAACCAAUACAGUAAACAUAAAAAAAAACACUUACUGUACAAGGUCUGCUGUCGUUUGAAUUCCAGCUACUAGGAUGUUCAUAUAUUCCCAUUUAGAUGAAGAAACACUCGCGAAAAAAAGGUGUCAUUCUCGCCAUUUCCGAACAAAAUUGGCUGUGUACCAACUUGUCGGAAUAAAUCCUCGACCUUCUACUAUUCAGUCAUGAUUUGUGAUCUGAAAUAAAGUUUGAUGAGCAAGGUAAUGUCAGAAGUGCUACUGACAUUUUGGUUAUGUUUGGGUUUUCCUGUGUUUAGAAUCACUUCCUGUCUUGGUGCUCUUGUUUUGUCAGUGUUUCCUGUUUGGUCUUUGUGUUCUGCAGCACUUUUACUUUCUGAUCCGUGUCCUGUCAGCACAGCUGUUCCUUGUUUAAUUAGUUCUAUUUAGUUCCACCUGGGUCCCUCCUUCAGUGUUGGAUCAUUCUUCCUUUCGAGACCGAUGCUUCGUCUGCUGUUUUGGGUUCCACGCCUCUUUGGCCAAAGUUCACACAAGGGACUGGUGAGUUGGUAGACCUGCAGGUGCUCAGCCGGACUGGUCCCAGUUUGGAGCAACAAUGAAGCUGGAGAAGAAAUGUGGCCUGAGCACCCUGGAAAAAUGGCUGAUCUUCCUCUUUGUGGUGAUGACGGGCGUGUGCGUCGCCCUGGUGACCCUCUACUUCGUGGAGCAAGAGGCCACCUCCACCACUCACCAAGAGGGGCCGGACUCAGGAUGCGGUGGACCCCGGGAGCUCACCGCAGAGUCGGGCACCUUCACCAGCAUCCACUACCCCAGUAGCUAUGACAACGGGAGGAGCUGCACCUGGCACAUCACCGUUGACCCGGAUAAGGUGAUCGCCCUGAGGCUGGAGGAGUUUGCGUUAGAAGAAAGCGACCUAUGCACGGCAGACUUCAUCACACUGCGAGACUCAGUGGGAGUCAUUGGCAAGUACUGCGGCUACACCAAACCUUUGCCUCUGGUGUCGCUGACAAACCGCCUGACCGUCUACUUUGACACCAACGACAGGAAAACAGACCAGGGGUUCAAGGCUCGUUACGAGGCCGUGUCUCCGGAGCGUGCCUCGGAAAUAGCCGGAGCUGGUGGCACUCUCCAAGGUGACCAGGGGGAUCUGAUGACCCCUGGCUUUCCGGAGCAGAACUACCCGAAUGGAGCGCUGUACCAGUGGAAAAUAACCGUGCCAGAAGGCGAGAAGGUUCGACUGACGUUCACUUCAUUCGACCUGUUGCCUGAAGUGUGUGGAGACUUCGUCCAGGUCUAUGAUGGCUCUACGUCGUUGGGUAAAUUCUGUGGCGGGACCAUGCCAAAGCCGGUGGAGUCCAGCAGCAACACGAUGAUUGUGCGCUUCAAGUCCGACAGCACCGGCCGCUCCAGAGGGUUCACCGCCACAUACACAAAGUCCAGCCUUCCUCCUAUUGUGGUACCGACCACGACUAAACCCACAACCACAUCCAAGCCCACCACCCAGACCCUACCGCCCACCACAUCCGACUCGGGCGGCGCUAUCCUGCUGACUGGCCGUAAGGGAGUGUUCCAGUCCGAGGGCUUUCCCAACCCUUACCCGGCUCAUCAGAACAUCUCCUGGAGGAUCACCGUGCCCAAGGGCUUCCUGGUGAAGCUGCAGAUCACCGACAUGGCCAUCACUGGGGAAACGGGACAAUGCACGAAGGACAAACUAAUCGUCUCGGACGCUUACGAUACUUUAGCCGUACACUGUGGGUACAUCCGUCCUCCUGUGGUGGUGGCGGCCACAAACACGAUGACCGUCUCCUUCCAGUCUGACAGUCGUCUCACAGACAGAGGCUUCUCCGCCAAGUGGGAGGCCGUCUACCCCGAAGAUAUAGCGGAAAUCCAGGGUUGCGGCAUGUCUUCCAAGGAGACGACGGGGGUCAUCAAGUCCGCCAACUGGCCCAUGAACUACAAGGCCAACGCCGAGUGCAUGUGGAACGUGGCGCUGCCAAUUGGCAGGAAAAUCACGCUUGCUUUCACACACUUUGACCUGGAAGCCAAAGACUUCCUGUCGUCCAAAUGCUUCGAUAACGUCAUUGUGUACGACAUCCACGGCAUCACCAACGCCUUGAUUAAGAAGCACGGGCCAUUUUGUGGCACCAAGUUGCCAAUAACCAUCCAGAGCAAAUGGAACAGGCUGAUUAUACGCUUCCAUUCUGAUUUGUUCACCGAGGGUAAAGGCUUCAGAGCCUACUGGACUACAGACCCCAGUGUGCCUGCACCUACUGAGCCGCCUGUACCGCCAAAUCCUUGGGACGGCAUCAACAUAGACUGGCCCAGUACAUGUGGCAGACCUGCCAUCCCUCCUUCUGUGAAGUCUCGCAUUGUCAACGGAGAACCUGCGACACCGCACUCGUGGCCCUGGCAGGUGUCCAUGCAGGUGUGGCCGUCCAGUCGACCUGACCCGACGUUCUUCCAUACCUGCGGCGGGACUCUUAUCCAUAAGAACUGGGUGCUAACAGCCGCUCACUGCUUCAUCAAUUACGCCGACGAGCUGCACCGCUGGCGCAUGUGCUUGGGCAAGCACAACCUGACCAUCACAGAGCCAAGCGAGCGCUGCUUGAGUGUGACGGGCAUCUACCGCCACGAAGCAUUCAAGUACCCUACGGUGCCCACGGUGGAGUUUGACAUCGCCCUGAUCAGGCUGGACGGGGAGGCUGCGGUCAGCAACCAGAUCUCAUACGCCUGCCUUCCCAGCCAGGAGGUGGUGCUGCCUGAGGGGAAAAUGUGCUACGCCAGUGGCUGGGGAGAUGAGACGGGCGAUUCCCUGAAUGCCAAAGUUGCGGAGGCCCUCAACCAGGUCGCCUUGCCUGUCGUCCCGUAUGACACCUGCAAGAGGAUGGACUACUGGUGGUUCCAGGUCAAGACCUCCAUGAUCUGCUGUGGUUAUACUUUGCCAGAUGAGCUCAAGUCCGUGUGUCAGGGAGAUUCCGGCGGUCCUUUGGUGUGCCAGGACUCCCCGAACAGUCCUUGGGAAAUUCACGGAAUAACCAGUUUCGGUCCUAUUGGGUGCAUCAUGAACAAGAAGCCCUCUGUGUUCACCCGCUCGUCCGCCUACAUCCCUUGGAUCGAAGACGUCAUACGCAGGGAUAUCUACAACAAACACAUAUCCGGUUGUGGCGGAGCAAAGGACUUGGCGGGUGCAGGUGGCACUUUCUCCUCCAUGGGUUACCCGGGCAGCUACAGCAACAAGGCCAGGUGUCAGUGGAACAUCCAAGCACCUGCGGGCAAACUAAUCCACCUUCACUUCAGCAAUUUCUCCCUGGAGGAGAGCGAACUGUGCCUGAAUGACAAAGUUCGCAUUACGGACACAGCUGGAAAUCUAGGCACCUACUGCAGCCACAUUCCCCCCAGGGAACUGGUGAGCGACGGGAACUCUCUUCACGUCAGCUUCUCCUCCAACGACAAGGUGGUGGACACGGGCUUCACGGCCACGUGGAAGGCGGUGGACCCGGCGGAAGCUCCGUGUGGAGGAAGCUUCAACACGGCCCAGGGUGAAAUCACCAGUCCCAACUGGCCCAAGGACUACCCGGGUCAGACGGUGUGUACGUGGAGGAUCAAGGUCCCUUCAGCCGGAAGCAUCCACGUGGUCUUCACUCACUUCGAGCUGCAGGCCGUCAACGUGCUGGGGAACUGCGUGGACUACGUGGAGGUCUUCCACGGAGAAAACAUGUUUUCACAAGGUCGCUUCUGUGGCUUUGCCCCGCCCCCGUCAAUAAUUGCCCCGGGUGAUACGGUGGUCGUCCGCUUCCUCAGCAACGGGGCUAACCAUCAGAAGGGUUUCCGUGGUUAUUGGACCACCGACGCCGGUGUCGUUCCAACUCUGCCUCCUGCCACUCCCAACCCGUGGGACAACAUUACCAUCAGUUGGCCGGAGGAUUGCGGUAACCCGGCAGUGGCCCCCAAUACGGGCACCGCGAGGGUGGUUAAUGGGGUGGAAGCCGUCCCCCACUCCUGGCCCUGGCAGGUCUCCUUGCAGGCUACGCCCAUACCGCUCAUCCCUUACAUGCAUAGGUGCGGAGGCUCUCUGAUCCACGAGGAGUGGAUCCUGACAGCCGCCCACUGCUUCAAGGCGCCUCUGAACCACCCGUCCUACUGGCGCACGUGCCUGGGGAAGCACCACAUGAACUCCUCCAUGGACGUGCCCUCGGCCGAGGCCUGCUACCAGGUGGACGGGAUCAUCCGGCACGAGGACUUCGUCUCCGAGAACGAGCGCAGCGACAUGUUCAACGAUAUCGCCCUGGUGCAUUUGGCCCGGCCCGUCAACAUGACCAAGGAGAUCAGCCCCGUGUGUCUGCCCCAACCGGGCGUCAUCAUGGCGGCCGGGACGCCCUGCUUCGUCACCGGCUGGGGGGACGAGAAAGGCAACCUGGUCCCCAAAGUGUCGGAGAAGCUGAACCAGGCUGCGCUCCCCGUGGUGGACUUCCAGACCUGCAGCAAGCCGGCCUACUGGUGGCAAGCCGUGAGGCCCUCCAUGAUCUGUGCUGGCUACGACUCCCCGGAUGAGCUCAAGUCAGCCUGCCAGUAUGACUCCGGGGGUCCCUUCGCGUGCAAGUCAGCCCGGCCCAACGCGACCUGGGAGGUGCACGGCGUCGUCAGUUUCGUACCCCAAGGCUGCAUCAAGGACAAGAAGCCCUCGGUGUUCACUCGUGUGUCCGCCUUCAGCCACUGGGUCCACGACAACAUCAGGAGGUUUUUGUACCAGAGGGCCCGGUCCGACUUGGGCGAGUAAGACUCAGGGGGGCUGUGCGCGCUUCAAGGGACUGGAAAUUGUCCGUAAAGUCAGGCAAGUUGUAGUCAUGGAGCGUUGAAGGUGAUGUCAUAGGUGGAAGCCUGAAUGCCAGCACUGUGAAUGCCCCUUUAAAUAAAAACAUAAUAAUGAUAAUAAUAAUAAUGACUCUUAUUAUUAUUAUUAUUAUUAUUAUUAUCAUUAUCAUUAUUAUUAUCCCAGCAUGCACAAGACUUUAAAACAGGGGUGUAAAACUCGUUUUCGGUAACACUUUAGUAUGGGAAACAUACUGUAUUCACCAUUAAUUAGUUGCUUAUUAAAGGCCCACUGAAAUGAGAUUUUUUCUUAUUCAAACGGGGAUAGCAGGUCCAUUCUAUGUGUCAUACUUGAUCAUUUGGCGAUAUUGCCAUAUUUUUGCUGAAAGGAUUUAGUAGAGAACAUCCACGAUAAAGUUCGCAACUUUUGGUCGCUAAUAAAAAAGCCUUGCCUGUACCGGAAGUAGCAGACGAUGUGCGCGUGACGUCACGGGUUGUGGAGCUCCUCACAUCUGAACAUUGCUUAAAAUCAUGGCCACCAGCAGCGAGAGCGAUUCGGACCGAGAAAGCGACGAUUUCCCCAUUAACUUGAGCGAGGAUGAAAGAUUUGUGAAUGAGGAAAGUGAGAGUGAAGGACUAGAAAAAAAAAAAAGAGAAGAGGGCAGUGGGAGCGAUUCAGAUCUUAUUAGACACAUUUACUUGGAUAACUCUGGAAAAUCCCUUAUCUGCUUAUAGUGUUACUAAUGUUUUAGUGAGAUUAUAUGGUCGUACCUGUACAACAUGAAAGUUAGAGGGGUGUGGCCACGGGGGUGGUGACCGCCAUUGUCUCCGAGGGAAGCCACGUUUCUCGAUGAGGCGAAGGCAGCCGGGCUGAGAUAUAAUUUUUUUCCCCUCCUCCACGGUGUAAGCAUUCGACGGUCGGGGGCGGCCGGUGGGAGGAGGCAAGAGAGUCCUCAGCUGCCUCUUUAACAGGUGCAGGAGGAACGACGCAAGCUCUCCACUCAUGUAAGAGCCGACUUAUUACCACCAUUUUCUCACCGAAACCUGCCAGUUGACAUGGGGUAGGGAACCAUGUUCGCUUGACCGCUCUGUUCCAUAGUACUGCAUCACCGUCAGCUUUCGGGAAUGUAAACAAGGAAACACCGGCUGUGUUUGUGUUGCUAAAGGCAGCCGCAAUACACCGCUUCCCACCUACAUCUUUCUUCUUUGACGUCUCCAUUAUUAAUUGGAACAAAUUGCAAAAGAUUCAGCAACACAGAUGUCCAGAAUACCGUGUAAUUAUGCGAUUAAAGCAGACGACUUAUAGCUGGGAUCGGUGCUGGAACAAAAUGUCCGCUACAAUCCGUAACGUGACGCGCACGCGUCAUCAUACCGCGACGUUUUCAGCAGGAUAAUUUGCACAAAAUUUAAAAUUGCAAUUUAGUAAACUACCCUGGCCGUAUUGGCAUGUGUUGCAAUGUUAAUAUUUCAUCAUUGAUAUAUAAACUAUCAGACUGCGUGGUCGCUAGUAGUGGCUUUCAGUAGGCCUUUAACAAGCAAAUGAGUAACAUAUUGGCUCUUAAUUAGUCAUUAUUGAGUACUUAUUAAUACCUUAUUCUGCAUGGCCUAAUUAUACAACAAAUUAACUAAGAGUCUUCCCUCAAUAACCUCAGAAUUAUUGCUUAUUAGUAACCCUAACCCAGGCCUGGGUAAUUAUUUUGACUCGGGGGCCACAUUUAGAGAAAAACAAUGUGUCUGGGGGCCGGUAUAUCUAUUUUUAGGAACACUAAUACAAAACCUCACAAUAAUGUCUGAUUGAAUGCUAAAAACGUUGUGACAGACCGCCUUUAAAAAAACAUGAUGGAAUUAAAUGUUUUUCUAUGAAGGAUAAAACACUGAAUAUU